UUAGAAAAGAUAUGUCCAUUUUAUUAUGGAUCUUCUUUAUCUAUGUAUGUUUGUUUAUUUCCAUUCCUAUACACAUCACUGUUGUUUACGGAAAAGCAUCAGUUCGAUGUUAUUUCCUCAGUUUUCCGGCUGUUGUCCACACACACACACACACACACACUAUAUAUAUAUAUAUAUAUACAUACACAAACACACACACAUACAUACACACACACACACACAUAUAUAUAUAUACACACAUGCACAUACAAUCAUAAAUCGUAAGUUGUUGUGGACGUUGCAAGCAUUUUGUGUGCAAUGGAGCCGUUUCCAGCAUGGUUGUUACUUUUCUUACUCACUACUACUAUUAUUAUUUCUAUUACCAGUAGUACU